AUCAAACCAUUGCCAACAUACAGACCCACAUAAGCACUUUAGGCGAUACAACAUCCAAACCUUCUUUCUAGGUGCAAAUUUGUAGAUCCAAAGAAAUAAUCCCUCUUUCUUUUUUAGUGAUAAGAGGAAGCACAAUUAUUUUAGUUGCUAUCAGGUCAAACUUCCAUAUCAUACUCCCGCAGGAAACAAAUGAUUCAACCGAUCAAAAUAAUUCACAAACAGGAGGGCAAAAAUGAUGAAUUUAUGAAAAAAUCUGAUCUCAUUUGAGAAAAAAAUUUAAAAAUUUGAUUGUAAAAUUCCAUGAUACAAAUCUGCAAGUAUAUGUUGAAAAACUUUCUUGUCAAACAAACUUUUGAAGUAUUCUCAGAAGUCAAAGGUCUCCCACUGUACUUCUUUAAUUUGUUACCACCAUGAGCAAGUUGAAUCGAAUGUGCCGCUGUUGUGGCAAUAAAAGUCGCAUGAGGCGCUGCUACGAAGGCGUUAGACACGGACCAGCGGUCAGAGAGAAAACAUGGUGCACAAAGGUCGCCGGAAAAUUCUUCGACAAGAUUUCGACCAUACUCCAUGGUCGGAGUUUCAGCUAUUAUUUCGUCUCCCUUCCGGAUCUGGUAAAUAAAAAGAACAUAUGAAAAAGAGAACAAUGGCUCGCCGGAAAAUGUAUUUCCAGUCAGAUCCAGUAAAUUUCACACCCAAAACUUUCAGAUCUCCGGCAUCUUGUAUGUAUUUCUCUAGAUUCAUAUAUAAAUGUGUGCGUAGGUAUAUAGAAAGGGGAAGAGAAGGUGCGAGGUGACAAAUCGUAAGGUUCUCCAUGGUUUCCGGCGAAUUCGCCAAUGGAGAUACCAGCCAUGGUCGUAACAGUGAUGCAAGAGAUAAGAAUGGAGGAAAAGAGGGGAGAGAGAAGCAGUGGGGGUAAACUUUGGGUCGGAUAGCGGGUUUUUCUUAAGUGAAUCGGGUUAGAAAAAAUAAAAAUGGGUCAAUUUAAUCCGCCACAUGGAAUUAUAUUUGUUUCAUAGUAUAACCAUAGAGUCUAAAAUAAUCCGAUAGUAUAACAAAAAAUAUAUUUAAAUUAUUUUUAACAGGGAUAUAUUUGACCAUUAUAUUAAUAACUAUAUGAAUAGGAAUGAGGAUUCAUGAGUUUAUUCUUCCCUUUUCCCCAAAAAUUCGCAUAAAAUAGUCUUAAUGGAGUAAUAUAUUAUUUUAUGGAGUACAUUAUAAUUAGCUGAUUUCCUUCUAUAGAAACGUAUAAAUACCCGUUUUGAUUCUUACCAAAUUCAUUCCUUUCCUCUCUUCCUCCUCCUCAGUCCACAACUCUUUGCUCUCUGUUUUUUUCCCAUUCUCGGCUCCAUAGGAAUCCAAGCUCUUGAUUUAAUUUAGGGUUUCACGAUUGCCCUCUUCUCUUGCCGUCCGUCACCACAAACUUCAGAGAACUCAAACUAUACUCUUUCUAACAUAUGAUCCUCACACGGAUAUAAUGUUGUAACAGAUCUAGAAUUUAGACGUUUAUGGUUUUAUUUUUAUAUUGAGAGUGUGAGUUCCGAAAUAAUUCUAUUUAAACUUGUUUUUCACAAAUAUAUGGACGCAAUAGUGAACAAAGCAGUGGAAGAACUCUGCAUACAAAGUUUUAAAGGCGGUAAUUCAAUCCCUAUAACCGAUCUCUGGCCCAAACUUAAACCCUACCUUUCAGAAAACGGUGUUGUGCUCUGUAAUAAUGUAAAAAAGGCUAUUUUGUCUAGCCUUAUUAACAUUCCAGGUCUCGAAUUCGAAACGAAAGAUAAUGAUUUGGUUAAGUGUACUGCGGAAGAAUGUGAGAGAAUGGAAUUGAAGAUCGUUGUGCCGGAGCAUAUGCUUGAUAAUUUUACUAGGAUUCAUGAGGUUGAGGUUUCCAAGUCUAAGCUAUGUAAACAAGAGUUAGAAGCUCUUCAUCUCCGGAAAAGAGUCCUCCAACGCAUCGCCAUUGCAAGAGCAAAUGGAAUUACCCAGUGUGAGCUUACUAAGGAAUUUGGCAUCAAGGCCAAUAACUUCUUCCACAUAUUUAAGGAGCUUGAGGUUCUAGGACUGAUUGUGAGGCAUGAAGCAGUUGUUUGGACAAACAAAGCAUCCAACAAAGGGAAACUUAUAAGUAAGCAUACUACAACCAACAUGCUCUAUUUAAGCCGCUACAGGAAGCACUUGCACAGUCAACAAAGGCUUGAAAUAAGAGGUGGAGUUCUGAUGUCUGAUGAUUUAUCUCAUGAAAAUUCUGCUAGCUGUGAUGUGAAGUCUAAUGGAGAGGAUGUGCAUAUAAAAGAUUAUCUGCCCAUACUGAGAGAAAUUUGUAAUAAACUUGAAAAGGCUAAGGGGAAGGUUAUUGCUAUCUCAAAUAUUAAAAAGGACCUAGGUUAUCGAGAUGCUCUUGGACAUAAAGAAUGGAGAAAAAAUAUCUUACGUAGGUUGACACAAGCUCAGGUCGUGGAGGUAACUGAAAAGGGCAAGUCUUUGCGUCUUUUAAAGGAAUUUUCAACCAUGCACUUUAAUACUCGCGUUCGUCGAUCUGAUAACCUUGGCCGAAAACAACCUCCGGUUAAAAUAGAAAAGAGAGGUCAGAUUGGCCAACAGCUAGUGGAGCUUCCCGUCGAGCAUCAGACUUUUGAAGAGGUCCAGGAUUGGGGCAACAAUAGAAUGAGCAACGGACAGAAUUUCCCCAUAGAUGUGGGCAACACAGUUAAUGACACAAAAAUGCAGAUAAUGGAUUCUUCUGUACGUGACCUUGUACCUGUAAAAUCUUCGGUAACUGAAACAAUAUCCCCUAGAUGCCAAGCGUACAAAGCAUAUUCCAGUCAUAAAUUGCGAGAAGACUGGGCAAGGGAACAGAGGGAGCAGUGGAUACUUAAAAUGUUAGAGGAGGAGAAGUUCCUUAUAAAACCUGAGUUACAAAGACGACUUGAGAAUCUUGAGAAGGGCAGGCACACAUCAAUGGACAAAAAGACCUUAGAACGCAGUUUGAAAAAGCUUCAACAAAAAGGGCACUGUAAAUGCCUUGAUGUCUUCUUCCCUGCUGUCACAAACUUUUACGAGAACCGUAAAAAGGUCGUGGUCCUGCAUCCAUCCAUUUAUGAGUUAUCUCCGGCAAUGUUGGUUAACAUUUAUGAUAGAAUUAGGUCCUUUGAAAGGAAAGUGCGUAAAGAAAGCUUUUCUCAGUUUGAGAAGGGGAAUGCACUUCCAAUAGUGCAUGAUAUGGACAGAGGACAACACAGAGUAGAAAUGGAUGUCCAAGAUGCACUAGCUAAAAAGAGUCAUCGGAUUAGGUCUAUGAUGCCAAAAUUGGCUCAGGCAAAGCGUCUUCACAUCUAUCUAUGGGAGUAUGUCAAUAAUGCCCAUGAUAGUGAAGAUACUUCCUCAUCUGGUAAAUACAGGUGUGAUUUGAAAAAUAAUGAUAACAGUUGCAAAUUGGUUGAUAUAGGUGCAGCCAUCGAGGCCAUGCAGCUUGAGCUGUUCUUACAAGUUUCAGGUUCUGCUCCAAUGCAUGAGAAUAUGUUUGAGAAAUGUGGGGAUUAUUUACACCUUUCUAAUAUUCCCAUGAAGGACUACACGCCUUUGAGAGAUACCCAGUCAAUCCAGGAGCUAUCACUGCUGAUUGUCAUAUUACAACGUUUUAAGGUAUAAUUGAAAAUCAUUUUUGAG